AUGAUCCCACCCACUGUGCCAUUGCAGUACACUGUACAACCCGUCUGUCACUCCAUCCCUUCGACCCAUUCCCUUCGCCCCAUUCCCUUCGCCCCAUUCCCCUUGCUCCAUUCCCCUUUGCCCCAUUCCCCUUGCCCCAUUCCCUUUGCCCCAUUCCCUUGCCCCAUUCCCUUUGCCCCAUUCCCUUUGCCCCAUUCCCCUUGCCCCAUUCCCUUCGCUCCAUUCCCCUUUGCCCCAUUCCGUUUGCCCCAUUCCCCUCGCUCCAUUCCCCUUUGCCCCAUUCCCCUUGCCCCAUUCCCCUUGUUCCAUUUCCCUUGCCCCAUUCCCUUUGCCCCAUUCCGUUUGCCCCAUUCCCUUCGCUCCAUUCCCCUUUGCCCCAUUCCCCUUUGCCCCAUUCCCCUUGCUCCAUUCCCUUGCCCCAUUCCCUUUGCCCCAUUCCCUUUGCCCCAUUCCCCUUGCCCCAUUCCCUUCGCUCCAUUCCCCUUUGCCCCAUUCCGUUUGCCCCAUUCCCCUCGCUCCAUUCCCCUUUGCCCCAUUCCCCUUGCCCCAUUCCCCUUGUUCCAUUUCCCUUGCCCCAUUCCCUUUGCCCCAUUCCGUUUGCCCCAUUCCCUUCGCUCCAUUCCCCUUUGCCCCAUUCCCCUUUGCCCCAUUCCCCUUGCCCCAUUCCGUUUGCCCCAUUCCCCUUGCCCCACCCCCUUUGCCCCAUCCCAUUGCCCCAUCCCCGUGCCCCAUUCCCCUCGCCCGAUUCCCUUCGCCCCAUUCCCUUCGCCCCAUUCCCUUCGCCCCAUUCCCUUUGCCCCAUUCCCCUUGCUCCAUUCCCCUUUGCCCCAUUCCCCUUUGCCCCAUUCCCCUUGCCCCAUUCCCCUUUCCCCAUUCCCCUUGCCCCAUUCCCCUUUCCCCAUUCCCCUUGCCCAUUCCCUUUGCCCCAUUCCGUUUGCCCCAUUCCCCUCGCUCCAUUCCCCUUUGCCCCAUUCCCCUUGCCCCAAUCCCCUUGCCCCAUUCCCCUUGUUCCAUUCCCCUUGCCCCAUUCCCCUUGUUCCAUUCCCUUUGCCCCAUUCCCCUUGCCCCAUUCCCCUUGCCUCAUUCCCCUUGCCCCAUUCCCCUUGUUCCAUUCCCUUUGCCCCAUUCCCCUUGCCCCAUUCCCCUUGCCCCAUUCCCUUUGCCCCAUCCCCUUUGCCCCAUCCCCUUGCCCCAUCCCCGUGCCCCAUUCCCUUUGCCUCAUUCCCUUUGCCCCAUUCCGUUUGCCCCAUUCCCCUCGCUCCAUUCCCCUUUGCCCCAUUCACUUUGCCCUAUUCCCUUUGCCCCAUCCCCUAUGCCCCAUCCCCUUUCCCCUUCCCCCUUGCUCCAUCCCCUUGCCCCAUCCCCUUUGCCUCAUUCCCCUUCGCCCCAUUCCCUUUGCCCCAUCCCCUUGCCCCAUUCCCCUUGCCCUAUUCCCCUUGCCCCAUUCCCUUUGCCCCAUCCCCUUCGCCCCAUCCCCUUGCCCCAUCCCCGUGCCCCAUUCCCUUUGCCCCAUUCCCUUUGCCCCAUUCCGUUUGCCCCAUUCCCCUCGCUCCAUUCCCCUUUGCCCCAUUCCCCUAUGCCCCAUCCCCUUUCCCCGUCCCCCUUGCUCCAUCCCCUUGCCCCAUCCCCUUCGCCCCAUUCCCCUUCGCCCCAUUCCCUUUGCCCCAUCCCCUUGCCCCAUUCCCCUUGCCCUAUUCCCCUUGCCCCAUUCCCUUUGCCCCAUCCCCUUUGCCCCAUCCCCUUGCCCCAUCCCCGUGCCCCAUUCCCUUUGCCCCAUUCCCUUUGCCCCAUUCCGUUUGCCCCAUUCCCCUCGCUCCAUUCCCCUUUGCCCCAUUCCCCUUUGCCCCAUCCCCUUGCCCCAUCCCCUUGCCCCAUCCCCUUGCCCCAUCCCCUUGCCCCAUCCCCUUGCCCCAUCCCCUUGCCCCAUCCCCUUGCCCCAUCCCCUUGCCCCAUCCCCUUGUGCCCACCAUCUCUCGGUCCCAUCAGUUCCUCCCUCAACUCCAUCCCCUCGCUCCCUCGUCUCCUCUCUCCAUCCCCUCGCUCCCUCGUCUCCUCGCUCCAUCCCUUCACUUUGUCCCUUCACUCCCUGCCCUCACACCCAUCCACUCCUGCCCUCCCCUUUCUCUCUUUUCUAGCCACGGCCCUCCCAUCGCCAUCACUGCUGCCAUACUCACCUCCCUCUCCCGCUCUGUCCCCUCCCUCCCAUCGAAAAUUCUACAAGACAAAGGUGCUGGUUUGACUUUUGAGAAGAGUGCAAGAAGUGCCUGCCUGCCUAUGUCCCAGCAGUGGUGCCACAUGCUGGGAGUAGCAGUGGCAGCAGUGGGGGGAUGGGAUGGCAAGGGGGACUGGGUUGGGAGGAACGGCAGACACACAGCCUCCUGA